AUGUCGACUACGAUGUACCAAACCAACGCGAAACCUCGUGGUCGUCGAGGAAGCCAAGGAGAAACACUCGACAAACCCGCACGAAGCCGGGCGACCAGUUCAGCCUCGUUGAGACUAUCCAAGACUUUGUCGAGAGCCCUGGAUGAGUUGUCGGUGCCCAGAAACAGCCGACCCGGUUCACCCGCCAUCUAUCUUCAUCGAAACAAAACCAUCGACGCGAGGGUCUCGGACACAGAAGUGGGUUCCAGAGCACACAUCGUGGAGCCUCAGGCGCGUAAAAGGCAAGCGUCAGUACCUGCUGACCCUCUUUCACGAGAAAGGGGGCUCUCAGCCGCGACCAUUGCAGGCAUGUCCUUGCCACAGCCUGGAGAACGCCAGACGGAGUCUGCCCAUGUUGAAAUAGACGGCAACCGGCAAGAAUGGGCAUCUCAAGCGUCUACAAACUCGAAGGCUUCUUCACCUCCGCUCUCGACUAGCACCACUCGAUCCUUUCGAUCUGUCGCUGCGAUGCAACCCACGGUGACAGAAGAAAGUGACGAGAAGGUUGAAGACAAACCCGCACGGGAACAGCAGGACCAGAAACCAGAAGACCCAGUCCUUACCGUCGAUCAACAGCCUGCUUUGGUACCCGGCUCGUUUCCUGAAGAAGUUCCCGUGGCUGCGUUUUACCAGACCCCUCAGACAAACCCCACUACGAAGGACCCGCGAGCUUCAGAGUCGUCUAUUGAUGAGUUGCUGUUGGCUCCAGCGCCCAAGGCGUCGAUACCUCUUUUACAGCCUGCAAGAGCCGGUAGCCCCUGGGCACAUCUGAGCGAGAGUGGCAUCUCCAAUCCCGUGGCGCCGAGGGCGCCAUCGAUUGCACGGCCGACUACCACGCACCCAGAGCAAUUUCCCACUGGUCGAAGCCCUAUUACAUCGGCACCGGGCUCUCCUUUUAUGCAGCACUAUGCCCCGGCCUUUGCCCAGAGCCCCCCAUUGCCGCCAACACAGUCUCCAAUCAUACACCAAUAUGGUCCUCCGCCACCUCCGUCAACAAUGCAAUACCCUCCACCUUUCGCUUAUCCACCGCCAAUGGUGGGAGGCCCAGUAUAUGAUCCUUCAGUGGGUCUACCCAUGUAUGGCCCACCGGGCUUUCCCAUGUACCCACCUGAAAUGAUACCGAGACCGGUGUCAGGUGAUGUAGAUGAAGAGCGGGACCGGCUUCUAGAGAAGGUGUCCAGUGUCCUUCCUGAUAUCAACCGUCUUUUGUUACAGUACCAAGAGACACAGGGCCUCCUGACAGAGAAAGACAAUCUGGUCAAGCAGGCUGAGUCACAACACAUAGAAGAGAUAGGCAAGUUGAAGUUGGAGUUGAGCAUUACCAAGGAAGAGUACGACAAAUUACUUGGGCUACAAGCUGCUGAGAGUGUCAAUCUCAAAACGUUGGUGUCGGAGCAAGAAAAAAAGAUUGAGCAUCUGAUGCGGCAGGUUUAUGAUAUAGAAUCCGAGAAGACAAGAUCUGUGGCGUUGGAGGCCAGGGUACAAGAGGUGGAGUUUCAGCUGGAGCAAUCGAAAGCCUUCGCAGAGGAUGCCAAUGUGCAGAGAGGACUGGUUGAGGACAAGCUCAACACACUCAACGAGCAGAUUGCCAGCGAUGCUGCAGCACAUGAGCGGAUUGUGGCGGAAAUCAAAGAGGACUACGAACGGCGUCUAUCUGAAGGAGAAGAAGCACAUGCGAAUGCCACAGCAGAGCACAAAGCGGCACUGGCUAGAGUCCAACUGGAUCUUGCCGCCAUGAUCACCAAACACACAUCACAGAAUAAGGAUCUGGAAACAUCACGGGCCAUCAUCACGGCGCUUGAGGGAGAGAAAACUGCCAAAGAUGAGGCGAUGGAAGCAGCAGCACAAGAACAUCAGAGAGAGCUGGCGGCGUAUCAGCAAACGAUCGACGAGAUAAUGACACGACAUGAUCAAGAAGUUGCAUUGUGGUCUGAAAAACUGGCCCGUUCAAUUGUGAGGCGUGAAGAUAUGAUCCAGGACCUGAAGCGAUCAUUCGACGGAAGGCUUGAAAAAGAACGGAAGGACAAGCAGGCAGAGAUUGCUGCUCUAACUGAAACACAUGAGAAUCGGCAGCGAAUGUUACAGGAUAAACUUGAGACGGCUCAGGGAAGAAGCCUCUCUGUUGAGAAAGAACUGGACAAGGAAAGAGCAUUGCAUACCGCUGUCAAAGAUGAGUUUGCAAAGAGUCAACAAGGCUUCCAGCAAUUGAAGACGCGGCACGACAGGGCCAAUCGGCAUCACAUGGAGCUGUCUCAAGCAAUGCAGAGUAUGAGAAACAAGCAGAUUGAAUGGCAACGAGAGAGCGAACGGAUGGACAGUCUGCUGCAGUCUCUGGGGCAGGUCGAUGUCAAUGCCAAAGGAGAGCAGGGCGAAUGAAAGUGGAAACUUGGAAGGUUACAGCAUGGGUCGAGUGAGUCAGGUGCUUUCAGGGUGGGAAAAGU